AUGGAUCCAAUUACAGCACACGGACAUUCUCUUCCCCCUCCUUUCCACACAGCAAGAGAUCUCCAUCUGCACCAUCAUCAGUUCCAUGCUUUACAGCAAAACACAGAAGACGAACAAAGCGGAAGCAGCGGUGGCUUAAACCUUGCACCGAAAAGGGAAAGAGAAGAAAACAGCAACAACAAUAACAGCAGUGAAGGAAAAGAUGGCGGAGGAGGAGGUGGUGGUGGUGGCGGCUCCGGUGAAACUGAAAUGACAAGAAGACCUCGAGGAAGACCAGCUGGAUCCAAGAACAAACCCAAGCCACCAAUUAUCAUCACGCGCGACAGCGCAAAUGCCCUAAAAACCCACGUGAUGGAGGUUGCUGACGGUUGUGACAUCGUUGAAAGCGUUUCAAACUUCGCUAGGCGUCGCCAAAGAGGGGUUUGUAUCAUGAGUGGCACUGGAACAGUCUCUAAUGUAACUCUCAGGCAACCAGCUUCUUCUGGUGCUGUUGUUACUCUUCAUGGAAGGUUCGAGAUCUUGUCCCUUGCUGGAUCGUUUCUGCCACCGCCAGCUCCGCCAGCUGCUUCGGGUCUGACCAUAUAUUUGGCCGGUGGUCAAGGCCAGGUUGUAGGAGGAAGUGUUGUUGGAACACUUCUUGCUUCAGGACCAGUGGUGAUUAUGUCUGCUUCAUUCAGCAACGCUGCAUAUGAGAGACUCCCUUUGGAAGAAGAAGAUCCUUCCAUGGCACUGCAAGGUGGUUCAAUUGGGUCUCCUGGUUCUGGUGGACUUGGUCAACAGCAACAACAACAACAGCAGCAGCAACAACAACAACAGACACAGCUUUUAGGGGAUGCAACUGCUCCACUUUUUCAUGGUUUGCCUCCUAAUCUUCUCAAUUCUGUUCAGAUGCCAUCAGAGGCUUUCUGGCCAACUGGUCGUUCUCCAUAUUGA